AAAGGCAACCCAAACAAAGUGCAAGCUUGGGCUCAGGCAGAGCUGUGAGAGUCCAACUGGGAUCCGAGUGUGCUCUCCAGUUGUCGGCAGAGGGGCAAGGAGCCUGGGAGCCAGGACCAUGCGGCUGUGGCUAGUUCUUCUCCUGCUCAGCUUCCCAGGCUGUUUCUCCAUCCAAGGCCCAGAGUCCGUGAGGGGUCUAGAAGGGGGCUUGGUGAGCGUGCAGUGUCACUAUACAGCAGAAUGGGAGACUUACGAGAAGUGGUGGUGUCGCGGAGCAGACUGGAUAUCAUGCCAGAUCCUCGCCCAAACCAAUGGAUCAGAGCAAGUAAUGAAGACAGACCGUGUGUCCAUCAGGGACAACCAGAGUCACUGCUUGUUCACUGUGACCAUGGAGGACGUCAGGCGAGAUGACACAGACACUUACUGGUGUGGGAUUAGCAGAUAUGGACCCGACCCUGGGACACCUAUCAAAGUGACCAUUGACCCAGUGGGCAUGGUUCUGAGCACCUGGGCGAGCCCGCUCUCUAGAACAACUACCAGCGGCCAUGCAAGGGUGUUGUCCGACUCCUACAUCAGGCACCACUACAUUCUCCUGGCGCUCCUGAAGGUGCCCAUCUUGCUCGCAUUGGUCAGUGCUGUCCUUUGGUUGAAGGGGCCUCAGCAGAGACCGUCCAUCUGUAUGAACUUGUCCUCUGAUCUUGUCAGAGACACAGCCCCUUAGACAGACAGAUGAGCGGAAUCUUCCGCCCUGGGACCCCAUUUCCAGAGGAGACACAGGCCGUGGAAGAAAUGCCCCUGGGUCCUCGGGAGGCAGUGACUGAGGCUGGGGGCGCUGAAGGGCUGGCCGGGCACCCUCCCGGCUCUACACAGCUCAGGGACACAACUUGGGGCCCUCUUGAGGUGUCAUGUCUCCCUGGACUUUUCCUACUCCUUCGGGUAGCAAAUGCCCCACCCUACCCAACGUGGGGCUGGGGCUCGUGGUCGGAGCUGCUGGGGUGGGACCCAAGCCGCGUCCUCUCUGCUGGAAGAAGUUGGGGUAUGGCGUGAGUGACUGAAGCACAGAGAGAAGCAAUAGGGGUGCAGACAGAGACAGAGAGAUGGAGCCCUGCCCACGCCCUGGUCUCCUUCACUCCUGAGACCAGCUCAGCCUGCUCUAUGUCUGAGCUUCUGAUAUAUAAGGGUUUUUUCUUAAGCCAGUCAAGAUGGGCCUCAGAAACUACUUCAAGGUUGGGGAGGGCAGUCAGGAAAACCAUCUGAGGGAAAUGAUGUGGCCUCCCCUACAUGAUGAUAUUUUAAUAAUCUUCAUAAUUAAUUUGUUUCAAUAAUCUUAAUAAUUAAAAAUGUCUGUGAUAAAUGACAUUUUUUUCAUUUGUCCAUUUGGGUGGACUUGGCCACUUUACGCCUUAGGGGCCAUGGGUCCUUCCACCGAAGGGAGCGCCACCUCACGUGAGAAGGAAUGGCCCCAUUUGAGAUGUGUCUACCCACACGCAAACACACACAAACACACCAGUUUGGAAUGUUUCCCUUUGUUUGCCCCUGCAGCUUUAUUGAGCUAUAAUUGACAAAUAAAACUGUAUAUAUUUAA